ACUCAUUUAGAAGCUAAGUAGCUGUUUGGUGAUUAUUAGAUGCAACCACUCAAUUAUGAGAAAGCUGGAAACCGCGUUUUCCCUUUCCCCUUCCUUCCUUCCUUCUUUCAUUCAAACCCCAUUUAAAUACGCACCCACCUCUCACCAUUCACUACACACACUUCUCCUCCUCACUCCCCACUCUCUCUCUCUCUCUCUUCAAAUCUCUCUCGUUGAAGAAAAUGGCAUCCUCCAACACCUUCUUUCUCCUCCUCUUGACGCUGCUCCUCACCAGUUCCUUCCACCUCACACUUCAAAAGAAGCCUCUCUCUCUCUCCUUCCCUCUCACCUCAGCCCCUCUCAGCUCCAAACCCCACGCCUCCGACGCCAAACUCCUCUCCUCAAAGGUCUCAUCGCCGCCGUUCGGCUACAACUACAAGUCAGCCUUCAAAUACUCAAUGGCUCUGAUCAUCUCCCUCCCCAUCGGCACCCCGCCGCAGGCGCAGCAGAUGGUGGUGGACACCGGCAGCCAGCUGUCGUGGAUCCAGUGCCACCGCAAGGCCCCCCGCAAGCCCCCGCCGCCGUCUUCCUUCGACCCGUCCCUCUCAUCCUCCUUCUCCGUCCUCCCCUGCACCCACCCCAUCUGCAAGCCCCGCAUCCCCGACUUCACCCUCCCCACCACCUGCGACCAGAACCGCCUCUGCCACUACUCCUACUUCUACGCCGACGGCACCCUCGCCGAGGGCAAUCUCGUCCGGGAAAGAUUCACCUUCUCCCGCUCCCCCUCCCGCUCCACCCCUCCCCUCAUCCUGGGCUGCGCCGCCGACUCCGCCGCCGACGCCGAGGGCAUUCUGGGAAUGAACCGCGGCCGCCUCUCCUUCGUCUCCCAGGCCAAAGUCCCCAGCUUCUCCUACUGCGUGCCGGUGAGGCGCGCCCGCGACAAUGUCACAAACCCCACGGGAAUGUUCUACCUCGGUCAAAACCCCAACUCUCGGACCUUCCGAUACGUUGACCUCUUGACUUUCCCGGAAGGUCAACGCAUGCCCAACCUCGACCCCCUCGCCUACACCCUGCCCAUGGCCGGCAUCAGAAUCGGCGCCAGGAGAUUGAACAUCUCCGCCGCCGUGUUCCGGCCGGACUCCGGCGGGUCCGGGCAGACGAUGAUCGACUCCGGGACGCAGUACACGUUCUUGGUGGAGGCGGCGUACAACAAGGUGAGGGAAGAGGUGGUGAGAGUGGUGGGGCCCAGAUUGAAGAAGGGGUACGUGUAUCAAGGAGCGUUGGAUAUGUGCUUCGACGGCAAUGCCAUCGAGAUCGGACGGCUGAUAGGCGACAUGGCGUUUGAAUUCGACAAGGGCGUCGAGAUUAGCAUCAAUGGAGAUCGAAUUCUGGAUCACGUCGGCGGCGGAGUCCAUUGCGUCGCCAUAGGCCGCUCCGAAGCCUUGGGUGUUGCUAGUAAUAUUAUAGGCAACUUUCAUCAACGGAAUUUGUGGGUCGAAUUUGAUUUGCUUCAUCGACGCCUCGGAUUUGGCGUUGCCGAUUGUAGUAAAGCUCUAUAAUUUUUUUUCAUUUUUUUUGUUGUAAUAUAGUUUUUGUAGUUGUGGAUAGUGUAAUAUUAUUAGCCAAUAGUUUUGGAAGAUCUAGCUCCGACCAAUACAGAAUUUAAGUUAUUUUAAAUUAUUUUAUUAAAUUAACUUUUGCUACUAA